AUGGAUAUUGUAGUCUUUAAGAUAGACAUGGGAGAAAACCUAUACUUGGGGGGAGGGAACUGGUUACUUCAGAGCGAUUAUGGACAGAGUAACUACAGUUAUCAGGUGCCUGGCAGUUACCCCAUGCAGCCAGUUACUGCACCUCCAUCCUAUCCUCCCACCAGCUAUUCCUCAUCACAGCCAAGUAGUUAUGAUCAGAGCUCUUACUCCCAGCAGAGCAGCUAUGGUCAGCAAAGCAGCUACGGUCAACAGAGUAGCUACGGGCAGCAGCCCCCCACUAGUUACCCACCUCCAACUGGAUCAUACAGCCAGGCUCCAAGCCAGUACAGCCAGCAGAGCAGCAGCUAUUGGCAACAAAGUUCAUUCCGUCAGGAUCAUCCCAGCAGCAUGGGUGUGUAUGGCCAGGAUUCUGGAGGCUUUUCAGGCCCAGGAGAAAACCGGAGCAUGAGCGGCCCUGAUAGCCGGGGCAGGGGCAGAGGGGGCUUUGAUCGUGGAGGCGUGAGCAGAGGUGGGCGGGGAGGAGGAGGCCGCGGCGGAAUGGGCGCUGGAGAGCAAGGUGGCUUCAAUAAGCCUGGUGGACACAUGGAUGAAGGACCAGAUCUCGAUUUAGGCCCACCUUUAGACCUAGAUGCUGCUGCUGACAACAGUUCAGUGUAUGUUCAAGGGUUGACUGACAAUGUGACCCUGGAGGACCUAACAGAUUUCUUCAAACAAUGUGGUGUUGUCAAGAUGAACAUAAAUGGACAGCCAAUGAUCACAAUCUACCUUGACAAGGAUACAGGAAAGCCAAAAGGGGAUGCUACUGUGUGCUAUGAUGACCUGCCCACUGCCAAAGCAGCUGUAGAAUGGCUUGAUGGUAAAGAUUUCCAGGGGAGCAAACUUAAAGUCUCGCUUGCUCGGAAGAAGAUGCCACUGAACAGCCUGAGAGGAGGAAUGCCCCCUCGUGAGCCACGUGGCAUGCCUCCCCCUCUCCGUGGAGGUCCAGGAGUUCCUGGUGGGCCAGGUGGGCCUGGUGGUCCAAUGGGCCGCAUGGGAGGCAGAGGUGGUGACAGGGGAGGUGGUUUUGCACCAAGAGGACCACGAGGAUCAAGAGGAAAUCCUUCUGGCGGAGGAAAUGUCCAACACCGAGCAGGAGACUGGCAGUGCCCCAAUCCGGGCUGUGGAAACCAGAACUUUGCCUGGAGAACAGAAUGCAACCAGUGCAAGGCUCCUAAACCAGAAGGCUUUCUUCCCCCACCCUUUCCCCCUCCAGGUGGUGACCGUGGCAGGGGCGGCCCUGGUGGCAUGAGAGGAGGCCGAGGAGGCCUCAUGGAUCGUGGUGGCCCUGGAGGAAUGUUCCGAGGUGGCCGUGGCGGAGGAGACAGAGGUGGAUUUAGAGGUGGCCGGGGCAUGGAUCGAGGUGGCUUUGGAGGAGGUCGCCGAGGAGGACCUGGGGGCCCACCCGGACCUCUUAUGGAGCAAAUGGGAGGCAGAUGCUGCAGACGUGGAGGACCAGGAAAAAUGGACAAGGGAGAGCAUCGCCAGGAGCGCAGAGACAGGCCCUAUUAGGGGCAGCCGACCCCCUUCCCCCUGCAGGACUGCAUUUACUACCAGAUUUAUUUUUUAAACCAGAAAAUGUUUUAAAUUUAUAAUUCCAUAUUUAUAAUGUUGAUCACAACAUUAGGAUUAUUCCUUGUCUGUACUUAGUAUUUUUCGCCAUUUGUG